CUGGUGUACGAGUAUAUAUUUAUCCAUAUAUAUAUAUAUGGAUGCAUGUAUAAUAUAUAAUAUAUUGAUUGAUUUGUUAUUGAUUAUUAAGUCCCGCUUCUCAAUGAAAAGGGUUAGAACAAAUUAGUUAAGCUGCCAGAUGAUUGGCUCAUGCGUCGACCAAUCAGAAGGAAAAUUAUUACACCGAUAGAGGACGCUCUUUGUGCAGUUUUCAAACAGACAUAGCUUGGUUAGGUUGUGUUACUCUCUUAAAUGUUAUAUUAUUCUACUAAAUAUUUGUAAAUUUUGAUAAAUAUUGUAAAAAUAUUAUACAAUAUGCCUAAAAGAAAUGUAGUAUCGUACAUAAGGCCUGAAGAGCCUAAAUUUUUAAGGGAAUUAAAAGAACAGAUUAACUACAAAGAAGGACCAACAAUUAACACUAAGAGAGAAAUGUUGCCAUGUAAUGUUGAUGAUGAAGCAGAAGAUUUAGAGGGAGAAAAGCCUCUUGUUGUUGUAUUAAAUUCAGGAGACCUAACUGCUGAAGAAGCUGAAACGUUUGAAAAACAAAAACAGAAAGAUGAAUCUAAUGGUCCAGCUGAUUUGUCUAAACGAAUUAUAUUCAGCAGUAAUAAAUCUAAAAAGAGGACUUUGAAUUCCGUAGAAAAAUGUAAUAAUAAGAAAGGUAACAAGAGCAAACGCAGUAAAGCUGUCUUAUCCUUUAACGACGAAGAAGAAGAAGAGGAAGAAGAAAAGAUGUGAUAAAAAGCAUCUUUGUAAAUAUUGUAAAUAU